AUGAGCGGGAUCCGGUCAAGGUACACAAAGACGGAAUGGUACUACCGCGCCUGUCGGCACAGGCCGGACAAGGACCAUGUCUUUAGUGAGAUGGAUGAGGAGAAGCACAGGCGGCUGAGGCAGCAGAUGGGAUCUGGAUACUCGGGAAAAGAGAACCCUGGGCUGGAGGACUCCAUCGACUCACACGUCUCAGAACUUAUCCAACUUAUAAGGUCAAAGUACAUCUCGACAGAAGCCGCGUCGAAACCGAUGGACUUUGCUCAGAAGAUCCAGUACCUGACUCUCGACGUCAUCAGCGACAUCAGCUUCGGCAAGCCCUUUGGCGACCUACGCGCCGACGAGGACACAUUUGGCAUUGCCGAAUCAUCGGAGACUGGCAUGGUGGCCUUCACGUACAGCAUCGGUCUGGGCCUCUACAGGAUCCUCCAGACACCCCUUUUCGCGCGCUUUCUCGGCUUCAAGGAGACCGACCCGACUGGCUGGGGCCGGAUGUUCGCCAACGGCCGCGCCAUCGUCAAGGCGAGGCUGGCGCUCGACACGCAGAAGCGAUCCGACAUGAUUGCGUCGUUUAUCCGCCACGGCCUUACCGAGGAGGAGAUUCUAUCCGAGACGACGUUGCAGAUGAUUGCGGGCUCGGACACGACUGCUGCGUCGCUGAGGGUCAUCAUGCUGUACCUUCUCACGCAUUCUCGCGUUUACGCGAAGCUGCAGGCGGAGAUUGAUGCAUUCGCCGAGAGCGAACGGACCAAUCGGCCUUCGACGAUCGUAUCGGACGCCAACACUCGGAGGCUGUCGUAUCUGCAGGCUGUCAUCAAGGAAGGAAUGCGGGUCCAUCCGCCGGUAACCAACUCGGAUCCCAAGCGGGUCCCCGACGGGGGCGAUAUAGUCGUCGUAGACGGCAAAUCCGUCUUUCUACCGGGCGGGACCAACGUCAACUGCGCCGCGUGGCCGCUGCACAUCAACAAGGGCAUUUUCGGCGAGGACGCGGAGGAGUUUCGCCCAGAGAGGUGGUUGCUCGAGACGGACGAGAAGAAGCUGACGACCAUGCACCGCGUCCACGAGCUCGUUUUUGGGUAUGGCAAGUAUCAGUGCCUGGGGCGGCCGAUUGCCAUGAUGGAAAUUGGAAAGACGGUCUUCGAGCUAAUGCGCAACUUCGACUGGUGUCUCGCCAAACCCGAUAUGCCGUGGAAAGAAUCCAACCAUGCCGGGGUCUUUACUCACAACGACAUGUGGGUUCUUGCCUACGAGCGGCAGAGUCGCUGA